AUGGCUGAAGGUGGUGAAGGACACCACGAUGUCCCUGACAGUCCCAGACCUCCGAAGAACGCCAACCUCUCAGAUUGUCCAAUUUGUCUGGAGCAGCUGCACGAACCAAAGUCCCUCCCGUGUCUUCAUUCCUUCUGUCAGGAAUGUUUGUCCACCUUCAUCAUCAAAGACCUGUCAGGAAAGAUGGCGUCGGCGAGUGCCUUCCCUUGUCCUGUGUGUAGGAAGAUGACACAGCCUGUCAACCCGUCUGAGGACAAGGAGAAAUGGGCUCAACAAUUCCCAGCCAGUGUAAUAGUGAAAGAUCUGGUAAAGCCCACGGCACUUGAGCCGAUGUACUGUAAACCUUGUGAGAAGAAAGGGACACCUGGGACUCCGGCCACCAUCUGGUGUAAAACUUGUAAGGUCCUGUUCUGUACAACAUGUAAAGUCGAUUUUCACGAUUUGAUCCACGAAGGUUGUGAAAUAGUAGAUGUAACAGGGAAGAAAGAAAAUCCUUCGCGACAAGUAACAGAACAGAUCCGAUGUGAAAAACACACGAAGGAGGUCGAUUACUAUUGUGAGGAUCACCAGGUACUUGGUUGUAGUAGAUGUAUCACCAUAGACCACAGACGAUGUGACGUAGUGACAACGACACAGGAAUACCGUGACAAACUGAAGACGGAGUCACGACUGGAGGAUCGAAAGGAAUUACUACAGAAAGCGAUGGAGGCUAUCAAAUUGCUCGUCAAAACAUUUGGCGAGAAACUUCAAAUUCUUCUAGAAGAUCAAAAUUCUGGAUUUGACAGUAUAACAGAAUUACGAAAACAGGUCGAUCUAGAUUUGGAUGCCAUGCAGAAGGACCUCACAGACAAACUGGUAUCAUCUUAUAAACAAGAAAAGGAAAAUCUGGACUUGUCUAUUCAGAAAUGUGAACGUCUGAUGUCAUCCAUUGAGAACACAGUAGAAAGCUCCGAGACAGCUGUUCAGAGGAAUGAUAGCGUAAACACAACAUUGAUGUAUCAGAGAGGCCAGGCGGAAAUCGAGUUCUACCAGAACCUGAUAACGGAAAUAAGGAAGUCAUUCUCCUCUAUCAGGAUCAAGCAUGUCGUAGAUCCGAGUCUUUUCAGGUUGGAUAAAGAUAUUCCACUGUCAUUAGGAAACGUCACAGUAGUGACAAAUAUAGAACCGCUACCAGAGGGAAUACGUAGUGUGAGACCCUUAUCGGAAUGUGAUGGGAAAGAGGGAUGCAAGUUCAGCAUUAAGCGUCCAUCAGAUAGAACAAAUUGCACUUCACUUGGUAUUGUUUAUUUACCGGACCAUCAUAUUGUUCUCGGAGAUUAUAGUAACAACAAACUCAAGCUGUUUAAAGCUGCGGGCAAAUUCGAGGAUGAAGUCAAAGUUGAAGGUAAUCCCUGUGACAUGUGUCGUGUUGAUGAUCACACAGUAGCGGUCGGUAACCACAGUAUUCCUGUUAUGCAUGUCUUCAGGAUUGAGUCAUCAAAAUUGACUCUGACGUCAGAGAUAAAGCUGUCAAACGGUAUACAACCUAGAGCUGUAAUAUAUACAGAUGAUGAGUUUGUGGUGAGCUCUGUGAAUCAACUGUACCGUGUACAACAGAAUGGGGACUCGGAAUCUAUUAACUGUUCCGUUGUUAAAUGCCUCCAUCUUGCGUAUGAUCCAAACACCCGACACAUAUACGGCAGCCACUUUGCAUCCACAAAUGGUGAUGUAGCUGUUUACAGAUUUUCAAGUGGUACACGUACAGUCAUGACAAAGGUCGGUUUGGUAACGGGAGCGUUGGGAUUAGACGUCGACGGUGACGGCAAUGUGUACGUGUGUGGUUGGUCAUCCAAUAACGUGGUACAGAUGUGA